CACAGAAAGUCCAGCAAUUGGGUUAGAGUUGACCUGCAAUUAAACACAUUAUGAGCAGUAGUAAGAAGAUACAAAUAGGAACAUAUAAAUAUCAGAACAAUAUUUCUUUACAGACGUUAAAUCUGGAUGAAUCCACAGAUGUCUUUGGCACUUCUCAGAUGGCCGUGUUCGUCAGGAUGGUUUUUAAUGAUUUUACGGUUAAAAAAAAUCUUUUGAGGCUUAUUCCACUAAAAGAGCAGACUACUGGCAGGACUUGUUUUCUUCUUUUAAAAAUAAUAUUUCUUCUGAGAAAAUUCCAAUAUCGAAAAUGGUAGGCUUGACAACCGAUGGCGCUCCAGCUAUGGUGGGUCAUGAUAAGGG